AGAUCCCUCGUGAGGACGAAAUCUAGAGGUGGAGGCGAAGGCAGAAAUGGCCAGUUGUCAGGGACAGCUGACCUUCAGGGAUGUGGCCAUAGAAUUCUCUGAGGAGGAGUGGGGACGCCUGACCCACACUCAGCGGAAACUGUACCUGGAUGUGAUGUUGGAGAACUAUGAACACCUCCUCUUCUUGGGUCUCCUUCUGUCAAAGCCAGACCUGAUUAUAUAUUUGGAGCAAGAGAAGCAGCUCUGGGAUGUGAAGAGAAGGGAGACGGGAGGCUUCUAUCCAGGUAGGUGGGAAUGA